AACAGUGAUCUUCAAGUACACCAGCGAAUUCAUACGGGAGAGAAACCCCAUCAGUGCAAUGAAUGUGGGAAAAAGUUCAGCCAGAAGUCACACCUUAUAGUACAUCAGCGAAUUCAUACAGGAGAGAAACCUUAUAUGUGUAAAGAAUGUGAAAAAUGUUUCAGUCAUUCCUCAGCUUUUAAAGUACAUCAGCUCUGGCAUUCAGGGGAGAAGCCAUAUUCUUGUGCAGAAUGUGGGAAAUGUUUCUUCCAGAGCAGUGAUCUUAAAGCACACCAACUAAUUCAUACGGGAGAGAAACCUCAUCAGUGCAAUGAAUGUAGGAAAAAGUUCAGCCGGAAGGCAGACCUUGUAGUACAUCAGCGAAUUCAUACGGGAGAGAAACCCUAUUAA